AGUAAAGUACCACUUCUCGAAUGAAGAAACAAUGAAAAGUAAAACUCCUUACUUGGAUUCCAUUCUGACUAAUCCUUUCGCCUGGUAGGAAAUCAUCACUGUGUUAUUCAUCAAAAAUGAAACGUCAAAAUGAUCGGUUUUAAAAAAGUUAUUCUUCUGUUACUGCUAACGAAUAUAUGGAGAGAAGUCAACAGCCAGGAAAGGAAAUGUCCGUCCUUGGAUACCAUUUUGCCUUGUCGGUGUUUGGUGAAGGAUCAGGAUUUUCAGAUAUGGUGCUCCCACAGCAGCUUACCGAACAUACUAGAAGGUCUAAAAUCCCUAGGUCGGUAUAUAUCAGAUCCCAUAGACGAACUGAUCUUGGAGAAUAACUUCCUCCCUUCCCUACCAGGAAGAUCAUUUGCCCCACUCAAAGUGCUCCGAUUGAUGCUACGUCACAACAGCCUCGAAAGAGUGUCAACCGAUUGGCUAGCUGGUCUUGAAUCGAGCAUAAUGGAAAUUUUCAUCGUGGAACCGCAACUCUCCAGUGUGCCAGAAUCAUCCCUCUCGCUCAUGAAGAAUCUUCGAGCUGUCACUAUACAAUCCAAAUCUAUGAAGCGUUUACCAAUAUUCUCGGGGCUUCCUAAAUUGAAGUACAUCCACGUUGAGUCGAACUCUCUGCUGGAGAUAUCAUCAGCCAACUUCAAAGAUAAUCCUUCUUUGGAAAAGCUGCACAUUGUAUCCAGCCCUAGGCUGACCAGGCUUGAGGCUAAUCUGUUCGAUGAUCUUCCAAAACUUGAUCUCAUCAAUAUUACGAAUUGCGGUCUCAACUGGUUACAUCCUAGAGCAAUGAGAAGACUUCCCAGUUUAGUAGAACUGUCUUUGGUUGGAAAUAAGUUCACUGAUGCCGGAUUAGUAGGCAGGGCUAGUCGAGAUUUACCGCAACUGGAAAUAAUCAGACUAGACCACAAUCAAGUGCAGCGGCUCGCAGAAGCAACAUUUGUUGACCUUCCAUCUGUGAAGAAGAUCCACUUAUCGAACAACUUCAUCAAGGAAAUCGAGUACGGUGCCUUCCACAGAUUGCCAGCUCUUCGCAGUUUAGAUCUGACUCGAAACAUGCUGAGGCACUUCCAUCCCAGGAGCUUCCUGCACCCUUCAGAGAGCAUGGUAGAGGAGCUUUUGAUAAUGUACAAUGAUGUCAGUAACAUUAUGGAGCUUCGUUCGAUUCUUGAUGGAUUGCCGAGACUGGUGUUCCUAGACAUGAGCUACAACAGGUUGAGAUCGAUACCUUUUGGGGCUUUGAGAGGCCAUCCAACUCUUGAACAGCUGAAUUUGGGUUAUAACCUGCUGCGUGGCAUUGACAAAGAGGCAUUUCUACUGAUGCCAGCUCUUAGAGAACUCGGACUGAAGAACAACUCGCUGACUGACCUUUUGGAAACACCUUUUUGGAACCUGCCGUCACUGAAAGGGUUGGAUCUCAGUAAAAACAUCUUCAGAAGGCUGGAGCCUAGGUUUCUCGCAAACGUAGGAUCUCUAAGACGAAUAGAUGCAAGCCACAACGAGAUGAGUUUCUUGCAUCCUGAAGUGUUUCAACCCACUCCCUUUCUCGAGCAUAUCAACGUUUCUUUCAACAACCUGAAGAAUGUACAUCACGUGACGUUCAGACAUCUCACGCAGCUGUAUGAGCUAGAUAUGAGUCACAACUUUUUAAAAAUGUUAGUAACGGAUUUGCCGAGGAAUAUCGAGCAUUUACAUCUGCAUCAUAAUAAGAUAUCGAAGAUUUCCAUUCAAGAUUUAGUUUUGCCAGCUUUGAGACUAUUAGAUUUGUCGUUUAACAGGAUACACAGUAUUCCGAGAGGGUCGUUGAAGGGUUUGGUGCAUUUGAAGCGGCUUUAUAUGAGUUCGAACUUACUGCAGACCCUUGAAGAUUCUUCAUUCGAUGGUUUGAACCAACUUGAAACCUUAGACCUAAGCCGAAACAGGUUGGUGCAGAUCCAUCCAGCAUCAAUGAAAGCCCUGGCGACACUCAGACACUUGAAUAUGGCUGACAACGAAGUGAGCCUUUUAGGGCCCAACUUGCUUACCAGUAGUAAAAACAUCCAGAAUGUUAAUGUGAGCAGAAACAAGUUAUCUGAAAUUUUCCCUGGAACUUUGGAUAACAUUGACAACCUGGAAAUAUUGGACAGCUCCCAUAAUCUACUGGUACAGUUUCCCCAAGCUUUGUAUGGUCAUAAACGCUUGAAAAACCUAAAUUUAUCGAGUAAUCGCAUAAAAACUAUAAACGCUACUGUCCUGAAUAGCUUGACGAGCUUAAGGGAGCUCAAACUAAGUAGAAAUUUCAUAAAGCUUCUCGAAGAAAAUACCUUCGCCAAUCUGAAGCAACUGAAGAACAUUCAUUUGGACGAUAAUGAAGUUGAAUACGUCGAGCCCAACUCCCUGAAGAUGUUACCAGCACUAAAGUCGAUCAAACUUGAUAGAAAUAGGAUCACUAAACUGCCAAACAUGGCUUUCAACAACCUCCCUUCAUUGCAAAGUAUAGAACUGCAGCAGAACAAGCUGAGGAAUAUCGAACCAAACGCCUUCAAUCUGGUACCUUACUUACUUUUGCUGAAUUUGAGUCAUAACGAGCUGAAGAGCUUUGACCACGUGGGUUUGACAGGCUUGAGCUCUGUGGAGCUGUUGGACUUGAGUUUCAAUAAAAUUUCCAGGCUGAAAAGAGAUAAUUUGAAGAGAUUAGAGUGGCUAGUAGAGUUGAGAAUAGAUAACAACGAUAUUUGCGAAGUUGAGGAAGGCGUUUUCGACAACAUGUUGCGUCUGAGAGCUCUCAGUAUGGAGAAUAACAGAAUUAUGCACAUUCCCGAGAUGGCUGUUCAAAGACUCAGGAGUAACGUUGCAAAAAUUGACAUGAAGGGGAACCCCCUUUUAUGUUCCUGCAGUAUGCUCUGGCUGCAAGCUUGGCUAAAAGAAUCAUCCCAAGAGGGUCCCCAAUGUUCAGACGGCAGUUUCCUUCGAGAAAUGAGACUCGACCCCAGAGACUGCCCAGACACGGAAAGAUCGAAAAAAAUUCGAAAUGAGUGCGACUCGGAACUUCUGAGUGGCGCAGGUUUUUCGGAUAGGCCAAAUUUGUACUCCACCUCUCAGAUCUCAUUUAAUUCUAAGUAUAGUUUCAAGAACUUCUCCAAGAACACACUGGAUGGCAAUUCCAAAGGCAGUUCUGGAAAUAAGAACUUUUUAGCUCCUUCUCCCGAAGAUUCCGAUUAUUUUUACGACGACUACAUUGAUUAUCCUUUCAACGAAACCAUUGCUGCGUCAGGAAAUGGAAAAGAUAAAGAACAAAGCACGCCAAGUUCUCUAGAAAGAUUCCAGAUGGCUACAAAAUCGACAAAUGAUAACACAACAGGUAACACCCCUACAUUAUACGCAGCUCCAAAGAACCCCAAGCCAUCGAUCCCUCCGAAGGUGAGCCAUUCUCCGAGUACCAGCGGCUUUACAUUUUUCGGUCUACCAAUCCCAAGCUUCAACGUCAGCAACCUCUUUGGAGGUAAUAAGCGAGCCACAUCUCGCUCACCGGCGAAAAUGGAAAGAAAAGCUGCUAUUGUCAAUCAGCCAACGAAGGAGAAGAGGAAGUCUUUGCUUCAAACGAAUAAUUCACCCGCAUCUUUACUACCAGAGCUACAGGGCGGUUUUCUACCAAUGUUGCCAGCUUACGGAGGUUUCAAACCAAUUCCUGAUCCUAAUCUGGCAAUGCAAAGAGCGGUAAUCAAUACUGGGGUGAGGAAAGUCAAUGUAGAGAGGACUGAGGUAGUUUCAAACGAAAGUUCCUUCAUCCAAUUUGCAAACAGUACUAAAUCCAAUAACCGGGGCAUGAAGAGCCAGCUGGUUUCUGAUGAGUUAACCAAAACUGCUUUCCACUUGCAAAAUAUUGCGAACGUCAAAAUAUCUAAUCAGACUGAGAAACGGGUUGUACUUGAACAACCCAUCAACAGAACAGAGAAGAAUGUGAUAGCUGAGCAGAGUGUGCAGAGACCUGUAUUUUCCGAAACCACCGUUCCAUCUGUGAAAAAAACUACAACGACUCGCGUUUUACCCAGCAGUUCUCAAGAAGUCGAGAUUGAAAUUUACGACACAACAAUUUACACUCCAGUAACUAACGAGCCUGGAAUAAUUGGAACAUCCCUGCAGUUGAUAGAUGAUACAACUCAAACCACGGAAGAAGUAUCAACCGGAUCAAAAAUUAGACCAAUCAUUCCAACAGAUGUCGGACCAGAGAUGAAAACUGAGGCAACACCAGUUGAGAACUCAACUGAAUCAAGGAAAGUUAUAAAAGCUGGAGCAACACCAGUUGAGAACUCAACUGAAUCAAGGAAAGUUAUAAAAGCUGGAGCAACACUAGUUGAGAACUCAACUGGGUCAAUCUUGUCAACGUUCCUGGUUCCUGCAGGUCAGUCUGUACACGUAAGGCCGUCUGCGAAGUCUACAAUCACAAAGGUAGCUUCCCCUCACAACUCCGCCAGUGCUCCUCUGCUUUCGAAGUUGGGAGUUGCAGAUGAAUUGGAUUUACCACCAGAAGAAAAAGUUAAAGAAGAGAAAGAAGAGGAAGAGCUGAUUAUGGCAUCCGAGGAAGAUGUUCAAAGAAGCGGCAACGACUGGUACUUUGAAAAUUAUAAUAAGAAUAACAUAGAACCGUUCGUUGCAAAAAUAGUGAAUACUAAUAGAGGUGAUUGUAGAAAUGUACAUAGUUUCUGGUUUGUGAUAGUUGUUAUGAGUUAUGUGGUAGUAAAUUAGCUUGUACUUGUAUAGUGUAUUUUGUUUUCUAUACCGAAUUUAUAAAAGUUAGUCUCAUAAACUAUGGCUAA